AUGACGGCCGGCAGUAAAACCCAUGGCAACGGCGCUUUGGGAGCGGCCACAGAAGCAGCAGCAGCAGCAUCGGCGACUGCGGCGGCGGCGGCGGCGCCACAAAUUGGGCGCAGUAGCCGCGACAGCAGCAGUACGACCCUGCAGGCGGGUUCAGAGGUUUCGGACGUAGCGGAAGCGGCUGCUGACGUCAGCCAAGUCAUCGACGGCGAACGAGGCGGCAUCACCGCCACCGCCACUGCCGCCGCCGUCGCCAUCCCAUCACUCGACGGGCCUCUAAAGGCCGCCGCCGUGUUUUUUCCCGCCUCGGGGCGUCCUUCCCUGCUGGGGCCGACAACCAUCAAUGAUGACGACAUGCAGUACGAUACCUACCGGCCCCAAGCCGCAUCCGUCGCCAACAACGGCAGUGUACUGCACCCACUGCCGCCGCCGGCGCCACAGCAACCGCAACAGCAAUCCACGCCUCGACAGCUGACGCCACGUCAGGGUGACCCGGUAGACGGGGAACCGCUGGAUUCGGAGCCGCCGUCAGCGUAUGAAUCCCCCACCAUGAGUCCCAGCAUAACGGCAGAAAAUUCCUUGGGGUACGGCAUAGGCAGCGACGCCGCGGCGGGAAUAUCCACUACGGCAGAGGAACGGAUGAUGGUGCUGUGGCAGCGGCGCGCCGAGGCGGCUGCCGCCGCCACUGCCAGCGGCAGCGGCGGCAGCGCAGGCGGCGGGGCGGCCGACGGCGAAAGCCGUUUGACGCUGAUGCGAAAGGUCCGAUCUCUGCGAUCGCCUCAUCGGCGGGGUCUUGCUGCUGCGUGCUUGCACAGCAUUCAGAACCGGUGGCGCCGCGUGUCGAAUGCGGUCGCCGGCAUUGUGAGGGCCCACAAGCUGGUGCUUGCGGACAAAUCGGAGUUCGAAACUGACAACACUAGCGCUCUGAAGCAGGCUCAGACCGGCGCCCUCGAUGUGGCUCUGGAGGUUCGCGACGUUCGGGACCUGGAGAAGAUCAACUACGCGCACCAGGGCAACAAGGACAUGUACAGUGAGGAGAUGCUGGUGGUGGAGGCCAUUCGCGCCUGGUGGCGGUGGCUGCCCAAGUCCGCCACACGGGUAGUGGUGGUGGUGGGCGAUGAGGACGGAGAGGAGGACGCGGAGGUGUUCACGGCGACACUGGAUGAGCCCAUAUACAGUGCCAUGGUGGUCGCGGUCACGAUGGUUUUACUCCCCCGUUUCGGUUUGCCCGUGGACGAGCAUUACGACCCCAAGGAGGAUUGGUUGGACGACAAUAAGGGAUUGCCGUACAUGGACUUCCCCAACUUUUUCGACUCGCUGUUCGAGCUCGCAGAUAUGUGGUCUGAAGGCGUUGGCGGACCCGAAUACGCGGAGCUGCUCAAGUUUCUCCUCGGCGGGGUGCAGGACAUGGAGCGCCGCCGGGGAACAUUUGGCCGUCUGUUGAAAAGGUUUGGCUACAAGCCGGCGGCGGCUCACGAUACUGCUACUGCUACGGCUACUACAGCCGCGUCGCACCACAAAACUGCGGUGAAAGGGAAAGCGGCCGGUGCCGGCGGCGCCAGCGGCGGCGGUGGCACCAAGUCCCCCCGCGUCAGCACAACUCAGACCACUUACGGCGGCCACGGCGGCAAAGCUGGCGCUGCCGGCGCCGUGGCCGACGGCGGCAGGGGCAGCCAUCAGUACGGCAAGCAACCGUCGCCGCCGCCGUCGCCGCCGCCGCCAUCGUCGUCGUCGGGGCUGGCAGGAAAGGCUGGCAGGUCUUCCGAUGGACCUCGAGUAAAAAUUGACCCACGGGGCACACCGCCGCCGCCGCCGUCGGUGGCGGCGGCGGCGGCACCGGUAGCGCCGCCGCCGCUGCAGCGGCAGCCAUCGGUGCAACAGCUACUGCCAUCCGCGUCACGCACUAGUUCUGAGGAAUACACGUUAUCGGGCUGGCAGACGCACCGAAAGCUGCCGCCGAUGGGCAGCGGCGGCGGCAGCAGCAGCGGCGGCGCCGGCGGCGGCGGCGAGGGCUCCGGCGGCGAGACGACGCGGACGAUACCACUGCCGCCGCGGAGGUCUCGAUCCCCCGUGCCGUUACCUGAGUACGAACAUCUCGACUACUCGACCGUACAGUCUGCGUUGAGUGCGUACCUCCGUCAGCCCUUACCCAAGGCCGUGCUGAGGGGGGGAACAGGAGGAGUAGCCGCUAGCGGCGGCAGUGGCAGCAGCGGCGGUGGCGGUGGCGGCGGCAGCCGGCGUUCCGAUGUCCGUCGCACCUCCGACGGCGUCUCCAGGGAGUCUUCGUUGGCGAUGCUGCCGCGGCAGCAAGCUGGCGACGGCGGUGCCGGCGGCGGCGGCAGCGGCGGCGGCGGCUCUGGGCAACUGUCCUGGCAUUCCCAGGCCGUGGCAGCCGGUGCAGCUGCCGCUUCCGCUGCAGCCGUCGCGGGCCAGCCUUCAUUCCCGCACGUCUACGGCGGUAAUUGGCAGCUUGGGGAGGGACUUCUUGCGCAGGCUGGUGCCGCCUCCGCUAGCGGCGGUGGCGGCGGCAGCGGCGGGCCCAACCUGCGCCGCGGCAACAGCGUCGGCUCCGGCCUGCGCAACGCCUCGUCGGGGGAGGUGCUGUACAACGAAUCGCCGUACGGCCAGCUUGGCUCGCCGGGCAGCCUGUACGCCGAGUACAUGGACGCCGUGGUUAGCCGCCACGCCCUUCGUCAGCACGGCGGCGGCGGCGGCGGUGGCGGCGGCGGAGGGGCCGCCUCGCCGCCGCCUCCGCUACCGCCGCCUCCACCGGGCGUUCCGGGGCUGGCAGUCCUUGGCUCGCCGCCGCCCCUAGGGCCCCGCCUGCUCCAACACGCCGUCGUGACCGUCAGCGCCAUCGGCGGCGGCGGCGGCGGUCAUCACGGCUCCCCCAGCACUCAUACCUGUAAGGUCUCUCUUCGUACACCGUACGUCGUACCAUUCACAUCCUUAUCGUACACUAUCCCCCGCUUCCUACUUCCUUCUCGCUUUCCGGCCCCCCUGCCGCUGCCGAAGCCGGGGCCGCCGCCGGCGGGUUUGGAAAUGGAUGAUGGCGACGACGAUGGUGGCGGUGACGGUGGUGGCGGUAAUGGUGAUAAUGGUGGUGAUGAUGAUGGUGGUGGCGGCGGAGAGGAUGCGGUACGGUGGCAGCUGCUUCAAUGGCCGCAGCACGAGCAGGAGCUACAGGAUGGCGGCGGCGGCGGCGGCGGCGGCGGCGGCGGGGGGAACUUUGGGGAUUCGGAGCUCUCCGUGCUUCCCUUCAUCUCAACCUCCUCCUCAGGACGUGCAGACCGCGUCAGCUGUGGCGACGUCGGCGGCGGCGGCGGCGGUGGCGGCGGCAGGCGCUCUACCUCGCCGACCUCCCCUUGGUCGUCCUCGCCGACGCCGAUGGCAGGGUUACCACGAAACUUGCGCCACGCCUUCUUGUGUGCCGCCGCGCCGGUGACGGCGGCGUCGAUGCCGACGCCGCCAGGCGGCGCGGUCCCGGCGCCGCCGCCGCUGCGAUUGACUCCGUCAGCGGGCAUAUGCCUCGUGGGUGUCGGCGACGGCGCCGCCAACGACGACGACGACUACGACGGUGAUGGAGGCGGCAGCGGCGGCGGCGCCGCCGCCAGAGCGACCACCCCGCCGGCGCCUUUGCUUCGUGGCCGCGUCAUGGGCCCUGCUCCGAUAUUGAUAACCGUCAAUAGCAGUGCCCCGGGCGUGGCAGCUCAUGGUGGCGGCAGCGGCAGCGCCGGAGGUGGCGGAGGUGGUUUCCUGCCAAGCAGUGUCGGCGGCAGCCGCAGCCCACGUGGCGGCGGCGUCGGCGUCGGCAGCAGCGGCAACGACCGGCCGCAGGGGCUGGUGGCGCUCGCCGCCGCCGCUGCAGCGCAUUUGCCCACGAUCAAUAACCACGUCUCGCCGCUCAUCAUUCAGGACGGUGUUGGCAUUGGGUUUGGCAUGGGUGGCCACGGCGGCUCGCCGGGCCGUUACAACUACAGUCAGUAUCAUCAUCAGCAACAGCCUGGUAGCGGCGGCAGUGGCGGCGGCGCAUUGCGCGGGAAUUCGAGCGUGCCGCCGCCGAGUCGGGUUUCCUGGGGCAGUAGUCCCGCUCAAAAUACCGGCAGUAGCGGCGGCGCCGGCGCCGGCGGCGUCCUUUUGCCCCACUUGUCCUUAGACUCAAGAUUGGGGCUUAGCAGCGGAAGCAGUAAAGCUGGCGGCGGCGGCGGCGGCACCGGCGGCGCUGGCAGCCGAGGUGGCGGCGGCGGCGGCGGCGCUGGUAGCCGGGGCUUUGAGAUUACCCCACCGCCGACGCAGGCCCGCCGCGAUGUCGUACAGGCAUCACGUGCCCAGGUCCUCAGCAUGGCGCAAGCGCUGUUAGCUCAGCAACAACAACAGCAACAACCACAUCACGCAACCGGCGGCACCAGCGCCGUUGCCAGCAGUAACAGCGGCAGUAGCCGCCUGGAGUCGCUGCGGCCGCUCGACGGCGGACUGAAGCGCGCCCAGUGCGGCGGCUCCUUCCUGACGUACCUCCAGCAGGUGCCGUACGGCGGCGGUGGCGGCGGUGGAGCCGCUGCCGCUGCUCUCAACGGCUCCGACGGCGGCCGGAGCCUCGGGGGGGGUCUGCCAACUCGUUCGGCGGAGCCAGUUCCGCUGGCAUCUUAG